AUGAAGGAUGUAAUGGCCAGUUUCGGGGUGCCCCUGGCGGAUGAAAAGACGCAGGGCCCCUGCACAUGUAUCACAUUUCUGGGGAUAGAAAUUGACACGGUGCGUGCGGUCUGUAGAUUGCCCGGCGACAAGGUGCAGCGAAUGCUGCAGGCGGUCCGAGCAAUUAUGGAACGCGAUAGGGUGCCUAUCAAGGAGGUGCAAUCAUUGCUAGGCCUCCUGAACUUUGCUGGGCGCGUGAUCCCGAUGGGCCGGGUCUUCAAUCGCCGAUUGGAGGGCCAGUUGAAAGGCCCUCCAGGUCAGGCGAAAUGGGCGCGCGUUACGAUAGAGGUGAAGGAGGACUUGGAAGUCUGGGCCAGAUUCUUAGUUGACUUCAACGGGGUGUGCCUCUGGAGGCACCCACCAGUCUCCAAUCAGGCACUUCACCUCUUCACGGAUGCAGCGGGUGGCUUCGGGUACGGAGCUUACCUGGAUGGGGAAUGGAGCGCCGCUCCAUGGCCCAGGGAUUGGAUAGAGGCCGGCUGUGAGCUGGCUGGUGCACAGAACUCCACUUCUUCUAAAAAACCUCGAAGCCGAAGCAUCUUCCAUUCCCUUUUCUGCUGUUUGUGUCAUGAGGAUGCUGAGCCUCUACCCGUUAACAACAAUGCUCCCCUUGUGGUUGAGGAGAAUGGAUCACUGCCUAAGGCUGCUGUUAAGUAUCUUCUUCCAGAGGUGAAGGCACAGGAUUCUGGCAAGAUCUGUGUGGUCAUUGAUCUAGAUGAGACUUUAGUUCACAGCUCAUUCAGUUCAGUUCAUGCUGACUUUAUCAUUCCUGUUGAAAUAGAUGGAACGGUUCAUCAGGUAUAUGUGUUAAAAAGGCCCCAUGUGGAUGAGUUCCUGAGACGUAUGGGAGAAAUGUUUGAGUGUGUUUUAUUCACUGCUAGUCUGGCCAAGUAUGCUGAUCCAGUAGCUGACCUCUUGGAUAAAUGGGGGGCAUUCCGAGCCCGGCUCUUCCGAGAGUCCUGUGCUUUCCAUAGAGGGAAUUAUGUGAAGGAUUUGAGCAGACUGGGGAGAGACCUUAAUAAGCUGAUCAUCAUUGAUAACUCUCCAGCCUCCUACAUUUUCCAUCCGGAUAAUGCGGUUCCGGUGGCAUCCUGGUUUGACGACAUGACGGACACUGAGCUACUAGAUCUUCUCCCAUUCUUUGAGAGACUCAGCCAGGUGGAUGAUGUGUACAGUGUUUUAAAGCUGCGCUGGAAUGCAAGCUAGUGA